AUACCGGACUUGUAAGUGAAUUAAUUUUAUAAAAGAUGUCCGUCAUUGCCAGAUUAAAAGACGAGAAAUUAGCAGCAAAGCUAAAGGAACAAGCACAAGAUUUCAGGGGACGGAUUUUAAGCAUGAUGGACAACCUUUACCAGACUGACGAGACUCUAGCGUUUGAAAUUUUGGACGAACCAGACGUUGUAUGGACUAUCCAAGCCAAACCUCUAUCGUUUGUGUAUGAAUCGAAGAUGUACGAUAUUAUUGCCCACCCUUGCUCUGUUGGUCUAAUGAACAAAAUAUGGUUUAAUGGUCUUAUUCCAAGUGGAACAAGAUUUAUCAAAGAUUUCUUGAAACAACAUCGGGAGGCCCUGUGCGCACCUUGUUUCCACUUCGUUCUACAUUACGUACGUAAAUCUAAGAUAAAAACUAUUUAUAAGGAAUAAAGCAGCGCUAAAUUGACCUCUUAAU